UUCAAUUUAUACGAGCCGUUUGUGGAACGUGAUUCAAGCACCACCGAGCAUACGGCUAGUAGUUGCUCAUCUUCAGCGUCACAUCACAGUGAAACGCAACCGAUGCGCGAUUCACAGUCGAAAAAUGAUGCCACCACCAACAAUAAUAAUAAUAACGACAACAGCACCAAAAAAAGGUCAUCUCAAUGAUAUUAUUAUCGCUCUUUAUUGCCAAUAA